AUACCGAACUUCCGUCCCCAUAUCAAACGGCCAAACUCAAAGUCCACGUUUAAUUGGGAUAAUCCUGACUGCCAAAAAAAUCCAUUCCAACCCUAUUCGUAUUCAACCUCAUCGGCGCUAUGUUUCAUAGUUCGCACCCCACAAUGACAUAAUAAUGCACGUGAUAGAAAUCACCUUGUUUGCAUCAUUGCCAAACAAUUAUCGGCGGGCAACAUCGUUUGUUUCUCUUUCUCUUUCCUGCCAGAUUUUCAGGCUCUUUACACUGUGAUAUUUUUGUCAUUAGCAGGCUUGGUUAAAGGAUCUGGACUGCGGUAUCACGAAUUUUGCAUUGCCUAGCAAAAAACAGAAACAGACAGAGACACCAUGGCUGACGGUGGUGGAUGGAGCACAAUUGAGUCCGAUGAGGGCGUCUUCACAUCCCUCAUAGAAAACCUAGGCGUCAAAGGCGCUCAAUUCGAAGAACUCAUCUCCCUGGAUCCAGAUACCAUUCGUUCCUUGAGCCCCGUCUACGGCGUAAUCUUCCUUUUCAAAUGGCUUCGCGAAACAACCAACCCCUCAACCCCCACAACUCCCCAAGACGGCACCUACACAACAAAUCCACCCGAUAACCUCUUCUUCGCCGCUCAAACCAUUCAAAACGCCUGCGGCACCCAAGCCAUUCUCUCCAUUAUCCUAAACCAAGACACCCCCGCCACCCACAACAACAACCAACCGAUAAAUAUCGGCCCCGAACUCCAAUCCUUUAAGGACUUUACGACUGGCUUCCCGUCUGAUUUGCGCGGCGAAGCGCUCUCGAAUUCGGAGGCCAUUCGCACCGCGCAUAAUGCGUUUGCCAAGGCGUCGCCGUUUGUUGAUGAGACGACCCGUCCGCAGGAUGAAGAGGAAGGCGGGGAUGCGUAUCAUUUCAUUGCGUACACGCCUGUGGACGGGGUGUUGUAUGAACUUGACGGGUUGCAGCCAUAUCCGAUUAGCCACGGCGAGUGCGGUAAUGAUUCGUUCCCUGAAAAGGUGAUUGAGGUAUUGCAAAGGCGGAUUGCGCGGUAUCCCGAGGGCGAGACAAGGUUUAAUCUUAUGGCUGUUACGCGGGAUUUGCGGAUGCAGGCGCAGGAGACUGGGGAUGCGGAAUUGGUGGAGCGGGAAGAGAGGAAGAGGCGGGGGUGGGCUUGGGAGAAUACAUUGCGAAGGUCAAAUUUUGUGGGGUUUAUUGGGGAGGUGCUGAAGGGGGUUGCUGGGACGAAGGAGGCACAGGGGCCGGAGGCGUAUGAUGAGUGGGUUGAGAAGGCUAAGAUUGAUACGCAGAAGAAGCUGGCGAGGCGGUAGUUUAUGUACAGUACAGUAUCUGAUAUGCAUACAUACCCGGUUCAUGUCAUGUCUAGAGUAGUCACUUAUAUUGAUAUGCCACACGUUUGCUCAGAAUGUCUUCAGAUGUAGAACGGCUACUCUGCACACGGGAUCUAUCUAGUUAUUAGCUAGUCUAUCUAAGUACUAAUUAUGAACAACAAAGCAAAAAUCGUACAAUCCAUUAACCCCCAAUCCAUAAUUCACCAGUUUUACCAGGUUCCCUUGGCUAUACAAAGUACAACCACUCUUUCUUCUUCCCCUUCGAGAAUAUACCCUAGGUGCAUCCAUCAUUUAUGCAGGCGCCAUAGCAAAAUGGCA